UUGGGUGUUUCGCUUUCUCUGUGCCGAGUACUCAAGCGUUGAUAGGCCGGGCCCGAGGCUGGGUUGGAGGAGGAAGCGGGGGAGUAGAGAGAAACUGAGCACAUGAGGCAAAAGGAAGAUAAGACAGGGAGCGAAUGAACAAAGGCUGCUUGCCUGGAAGGACCGCGGUCUGGUGAGGACGCGGGUGGGGUGAGCUAACUCGACGACACUCAACAUUUUCCUAGAGAUCAGAUUUGCUGGCAACAUUAUCAAGAGCUAUGGCUUCUGCCCCUGGUGAUGGGAAAGUUCAGGCUCCUUCAGCAGAUCAAAAGAGCCAGGGCCUGCUCCAUUGUCCAAUUUCAAAUUUUAAUACUGAAGAACUUGCAAAGAUCCGUCAACAAUGUAAAGAGGAAAGUUUCUGGUACAGAGCUCUUCCUCUGUCACUGGGAAGUAUGCUUAUCACUCAAGGACUAGUCGCCAAUGGUGUUCUCAAACCAAACCCUAAACUUGGAUCAUUCCCUAAAAUAGCACUUGCUGGUGCCCUGGGCUUUGCUAUUGGGACAAUGUCAUAUAUAAGAACUUGUCAGAAGAAGUUUGAAGAUGCUGGUCUUCAACCGUUUGGCCCAGGAUGGAAAAGACACUGUCCUCAUAUCUGCAAAGAAUGCAAAGCUAAGUUUGAAUCAAGCGCAUCGGAAAAAUCAACAGCUUCUGUUUCUUGAAACAGAUAAUGUGGAAGAAACCAUUUUGUUAUGGUAGCUGCUCUACACAAUGAUCUCACAAUUCUGAAGAAUCUGCUGUCAUUUGAACUCCCUCAUACGUUUUACAUGAACUUUGAAAAUAAAAGUUAUUUUGCUUUGUAUGUUGCACAUUCUGCAGCACUAAACUGAAGAUGAAAGCUAAAGGUUCCCAACAACUUACAACAGUAUGACUGCCACUGCAGUGCUUAAGUGCUUAAUCUACUCUGCUUUCAGGCUUGGAUCUUAUCAGUGCAGUUCAGAGUACCUGUCAAAUAGCUAAACUUGCUAAGAAGUUUGACCUUAUACAGCAUUUGUUCUGUAACUGAUGUAUAUAACUUGUUAAACUGAAUAAACCAAUCAAUAUAUCAUUAAUAUAAAAACA